CCACGCCAUUGCCGCCACUUCAUCCCUUUAUAUAUAAGCCUCUUCAUUUCCUCUCCAUUUCAUCGUUCUAAACCACCGUUCUCUAAUUUCCCGAUUUCAUAUUUCGAUCAAAUCUCAUCCAUUCCUCAAUCAAUGGACACCAAAAUCGGAUCGCUCGAUGCUUGCAAACCCGCCAACAACGCUGUCUGUUGCCCAUCCAACGGCUCUGUUUGCACCAUCCAAAAUUCCGUCCCCUCCACCGUCGUCACCUCGUCGGAGGCUACACUUGGCCGCCACCUGGCGCGGCGCCUGGUCCAAAUCGGUAUCACCGAUGUGUUCUCCGUUCCCGGCGAUUUUAACCUGACGCUUCUCGACCAUUUAAUCGCCGAGCCUGGGCUCAACAACAUCGGCUGCUGUAACGAGCUUAAUGCUGGAUAUGCCGCUGAUGGCUACGCCAGAUCCCGCGGCGUCGGUGCGUGUGUCGUCACGUUCACCGUCGGCGGUCUUAGCGUUCUGAAUGCCAUAGCCGGCGCCUACAGUGAGAACUUGCCACUCAUUUGCAUCGUCGGUGGCCCUAACUCCAAUGACUAUGGAACUAACAGAAUCCUUCAUCACACUAUCGGCCUCCCUGACUUCAGCCAAGAACUCCGAUGCUUUCAAACCGUCACUUGCUUUCAGGCUGUUGUGAAUAAUCUUGAAGAUGCUCAUGAGUUGAUUGAUACAGCCAUUUCUACUGCCUUGAAAGAAAGCAAGCCUGUUUAUAUAAGUAUUGGUUGUAAUUUGCCUGGGAUUCCUCACCCCACCUUCAGCCGUGAUCCAGUUCCAUUUUCGCUUUCUCCCAAAGUGAGCAAUCCACAUGGGCUAGAGGCGGCAGUGGAGGCGGCGGCACAAUUCUUGAACAAGGCCGUGAAGCCAGUGCUUGUUGGUGGGCCUAAAUUGCGAGUUGCCAAGGGCUGUGAUGCUUUUGUGGAGCUCGCUGAUGCUUGUGGCUACGCCUUGUCUGUGAUGCCAUCGGCGAAAGGGCUUGUCCCCGAGCACCAUCCUCAUUUCAUUGGAACUUACUGGGGCGCUGUCAGUACCUCCUUCUGUGCCGAGAUUGUGGAGUCUGCUGAUUCAUACUUGUUUGCCGGACCCAUUUUCAAUGACUACAGCUCUGUUGGGUACUCUCUUUUGCUCAAAAGGGAGAAGGCCAUUAUUGUGCAGCCCGAUCGGGUGACCAUCGGCAACGGACCCACAUUUGGUUGUGUUCUAAUGAAAGAUUUCCUUCAAGCACUUUCAAAACGUGUUAACAAAAACACCACGGCAUAUGAAAACUACCAUAGAAUCUUUGUUCCUGAAGGCCAUCCUUUGAAAUCAGAACCCAAAGAAGCGUUGAGGGUCAAUAUUUUAUUCCAACACAUUCAAAAGAUGCUCAGUGGUCAAACGGCUGUGAUUGCUGAGACGGGGGACUCUUGGUUCAACUGCCAGAAACUUAAAUUGCCAAAGGGAUGCGGAUAUGAGUUCCAAAUGCAGUAUGGUUCUAUUGGUUGGUCAGUUGGCGCCACUCUUGGAUAUGCACAGGCUGUACCAGAGAAGAGAGUAAUUGCCUGUAUUGGUGAUGGAAGCUUCCAGGUGACUGCACAAGACAUAUCGACAAUGAUCCGUUGCGGACAGAAAACCAUCAUAUUCUUGAUAAACAAUGGUGGUUACACGAUUGAAGUCGAGAUCCACGACGGGCCUUACAAUGUGAUCAAGAAUUGGAACUACACGGCAUUGGUCGAUGCAAUCCACAACGGGGAGGGGAAGUGUUGGACGACAAAGGUUCGAUGCGAGGAAGAGCUUAUUGAGGCCAUUGGAACAGCCACAGGAGACAAAAAGGACAGCUUGUGUUUCAUUGAGGUAAUCGCUCACAAGGAUGAUACUAGCAAAGAGCUAUUGGAAUGGGGCUCUAGAGUCUCUGCUGCCAACAGCCGCCCUCCCAAUCCUCAGUAAACAAACCAAAAAAAAAAAAAAAAAAAAAAAAAAAAAAAAAANACUUCAUCAACUUUGCAGCAAUUUGCUUCCUCGUUAUUGUGUUUGAUUUGAGAUUGUAUUAGAAAAAAAAAAAAACAAGUAUUUUGUUGUGUAAAUUCCUUCGAACAUUUUCUUAUCGAGAGCAAUAUCUUCUUGAGUUUUA